UCUCUAUCAAGUAAAAUUUCGUCUCUGUUAUUAGUAUCAGAUAUUGAAAUAGUGGCGCUGUAGUUGCAAUGUAAAAGGUUGCAUGUCGGGUGGAUCGAAUAGACGAUGUAGAAGUUGAAACUACCAUAAUUUUUGACGUUUAUACCUGUGAAAUACUUUGCACGACAAAAGGUAUUAAUAAAGCUGCACAAUGAUGUCUGAUAGAAAAGCAGAACUUGAAAGAAAAAAAGCCAAACUUCAGGCUAUAAGAGAGGAAAAGGAAAGACGUAGAAGAGAAAAAGAACAGAAAGAUAUGUCUUGUCCAGUUUAUCUAGUAUGAAUUCUUUGACUCCAGAACAAAGUGCUAAUGCUACCCCUGAUGCUAGUUUACAACCAUCGAGUAUAAAUUCUGCUCAAAGUAGCAGUGCUAGGAAAAAGAAUCGCGAGCUAACAAUUGUUUCUGUGGCACAUACAAAUAUUCCACCAAAAGAACCAGUGGUUUAUACUAAACAAACACAAACUAUUCAGACAUCGCACACAUCUCACGACGGGUAUUCGUGGCGGAACCAGCUUAUUCACCACAGUUUUGACAUUUGAUGAUGGCCAAGCCGAAGACGAAGAGAACAGUUUGCCGCAUAUGGAUGGUUUCCAGAGCAAGCUUCCUCCAGGAAUUCUUCCCCAUGGUUUGCCACAGGUUAAGGAAGUCCAGCCAGCAGUUACACAAGUGGAGCAAGAAAAAGAAAAGGAAAAGCCUAAAGAAGUACAAGAACUCAGCGAAGAAGAAAAACAAAUGAUUAUACUGUCGGAAGAUUUUCAACGAUUCCUUGAUCGUACCAGUAGAAUUGUGGAAAGAGCAUUAGGAGAAUCUGUCAAUAUUUAUAGUGAUUACACCGGUACUAUGGAUGGUGAAGAUGGGAUGGAUGAAAAGAGUCAUCAACGUUUAUGGUUAAAUCGGUGGUUCUUCUGUGAUCGGUGGUCUCGCAAUCGUUGUGUGACCUCGAUGGAUUGGUCGCCUCAAUUUCCAGAACUUCUUGCAGCCUCCUAUAACAAUAACGAUGACACUCCAAAUGAUCCUGAUGGGGUGUGUUUGGUUUGGAACACAAAAUUCAAGAAAACAACUCCAGAAUUUAUUUUUCAUUGUCAGUCGCCGGUUAUGUCGACCACGUUUGCGAGAUUUCAUCCUAAUUUGAUCUUGGGAGGUACUUAUUCUGGACAAAUCGUUCUCUGGGAUAAUAGAGUACAAAAGAGAACCCCUAUUCAACGUACUCCACUAUCAGCAACCGCACAUACUCACCCUGUGUACUGUCUAAAUGUUGUUGGGGCACAAAACGCACACAAUUUGAUAAGUAUAUCAACCGAUGGUAAAUUGUGCUCCUGGAGUUUAGAUAUGUUGUCACAACCACAAGAAACAUUAGAACUUCACACUAAACAAUCGAAAGCUAUUGCCGCCACUUGUUUAGCAUUCCCUUAUGGAGAUGUUAAUAAUUUUGUUGUAGGCAGCGAAGAAGGAACUGUUUAUUCCGCUUGUCGUCAUGGUACAAAAGCUGGAGUAUUAGAUUUUUACGAAGGUCAUCAAGGACCAGUUACUGGAAUUAGCGCACAUGCUGUACAAGGUGGCAUAGAUUUCUCACAUCUAUUCUUAACAUCGUCCAUCGAUUGGACAAUUAAACUCUGGAGUCUUAAAGAGAAUAAACCUCUUUAUUCUUUUGAGCACAAUGGUGAUUAUGUUUAUGACGUCGCAUGGUCACCGACCCAUCCGGCUCUAUUUGCUGCCGUAGACGAUUCAGGACGAUUAGAUUUAUGGAAUCUUAAUCAAGAUACUGAAGUACCUACUGCUAGUAUUGUAAUCAAUGGUAAUCCAGCAUUGAACAGAGUUUCAUGGACACCGAGCGGUUUACAUGUAACUGUUGGUGAUGAUACUGGAAAGAUUUGGGUGUAUGAUGUUGCUGAGCAUUUAGCACAUCCAAGAAUUGAUGAAUGGAAUAAAUUCUUGUACACUCAGCAAGAGUUGAAACAUAACAAAGCGGAUGAGGAAUUACAUAAACUUAAUUUAAGAGAGCCUACUUCUUUGAUACCUCCGUUGUUAGCGACAUGCCCCUUGAGAUAAAGGUAUAAUUUUCUCUAGAAGUUAUUGCUAAAGUCGGCUUGAAUACUUUAAAUUUAAAAAUUAAAUGAAUUUAUAUAAUAUCCAUAAUCCUAAAAAAAAAUCUUAAAAGAAAUGAAAGAAAAGUGUAUCACACUAUUUGUAAUUUACAAGUUCAUUCUUAAUUAAAAUAUUUUUGUUUCAUAUAAGUUAUUCAACAGCAAGAUUAAUACUUUGUUCAUACGUAAUCAUUCUGUGCAUUCAAACGGCAUAAAUUUCAUGUGUCCAGUAGAAACAAUAUAUGUUUCUUAAAUAAAUUGAAAUCAAUAGUUUAUUAAGGAUGUGUGCAACAUAUCUAUGCAUGUAAAUAAUAAAUGCUAUAAAGCACGAAAUAAGUCGAAAGCAAGAAAUAAAAAAACUAAUUAGAAGAAAUUUCACAUGCAUCAGAUAACUUGUAAUACAAUAUUUUAUUUUUUUUUAAAUUUCUUUUUAAAAGUAUUUAUAUAUUAUUUUCAAAAUUAAAAUUUUCAAAAAUAUAGAUUGUUUCCAUACUAACAUUCUUACCUAACUUGAAAAAUUUUAAUGAAAAAUAACACUAACACGAUAUUUAAAUGUUAUAAAAAUUCUAUUACAACUGAUUUAAUUUAGUACAAUAAUUUUUAAAUGAUUUUAUUAGUAUUUUAUUAUAUUCUUAUAGAAACUUUAGCAUAAUUUAAACUUCAUAAUUUUGCAAUGUAUAGUUCAUAGCAUAGUGAAAAAUUUAUUGAACAAAGAUCGAUUGAAAAUGUAAAUAUAACAUAAUAUAAUCUUUCCGUUAAACUACUGGGCUUUAUCUAAAAUGUGAUACUGUUGUAUAGUGCUAUGUCUAAAUGCGUACUUCAGCUCAUGUUAAGCAUAUUUUAAAGCAUAAUUUUUUUUAUAAAGGAAUUGUUUAGUUUACAAUUUGUUACACGCUCGGUAAUAUUCUAAACGCAAUCUGUUUUUUGUAAUACGUAUUUUUAAAUUUAAGUUAGAGUAAAUAAUAAUAAUUGUCUAAGUAGGUAAGUUAAUUAUUUUUUUCAAUGCUACGAAAUAAAAUUUUAUUUAAAAGAUUCAUGCGUUAAAAUUAAUCUUCGUAUUUUCAGGUAUAAAAUGAA